UUAUAAAUAUUGAACUUGGUCUUUUAGAAAUAUGACUUUGGUACAAAAGUUGGAUAGAGGGGAGUCUGGCCAUUGACUCUUUUACAUGAUUUUCUUAGGGUUCACCCUAUUUCUCUCAGUUAUUGCUAUGAUCUUCACGGGAUUUUGGACGAUCAAAUUUAUCAAGAUUUUCAAAGCACGAAGGAAAUUACAGCUUCUUUUUCUCCUCCUAGUAGAUGCAUCUACUGUUGGAAGAGUGGCUUAUUUUAUUGUAGAAAUAGUAUGGAGGGCGGAUAGUUGUGAUAAAUCUCCAAGCAUAUGCAUUGAAGUAUCACUCUAUUGGCUCUCCUCAACUCUCUUUUCAGCAGCUAUUGUGGUAAACAUCUUUAGCUGGAUCAAUCAGACUUUGAGAAUCAGGAAAUUUCAUUACGGGAUACGAUCGAAUAAGACUUUUUUUUACAUAGCCUUUUUCAUUUUUCUGGCACUAAUAUCCCUGAUUUAUUUAGGAUUCAUAAUUUCAGCUUGUCUUUCAACCAAAGAGGAGCACACGAUGUUCAAAGUGUUCAAAAUUAUAUAUGGAACAUCCUUCAUUGUUCUUGGUGUAUUUUUUAUAAUAGUUGGAGCAAUAUUCUACUGCCAGCUCAAGAAGAUAUUUAAGACAAAGGCUAAAGCAAUGAAGUGACAAAUUAUAUUCUCCAUUAUUUCUAUCUCAUCGAGUUUUAUUCUUCGCUCGAUCCUUACAUUUGCCAUGUUCAGUUUCUAUAUCUAUGCGAGGUACAGGGAGAGAUGGCUGAGGGAGAACACAAUCUGGUUUCCUUUGAUACUGGCUCUCUAUUUCAUUGUUUCUGAGAUUUUGCCUACUUUUUAUCUGUGCAUGAGCGUUAAAAUGGUUGAAAAGAAGAUCAUUGAGAAGGAAAUUCAGGAGAAGUCGAAUCACAAGCUUGGCCUCACUGAUGAUCGAUCCAUGCGUCUUAGAGUUAACGAAUCGAUGCUUUCAAGGUUUACUCUAGAAACUACUGGAGAGAAGCAAUAG